UUCCACACAACACCCUCCUCCUUCCCUUCUCCCAUCACUGUGCAGGGGUGUGGAUUGCCAUCGGGGCUCAGGACUCUUGUCAAUUAGACAGUUGCUGUGGAAAGCAGUGGUGUGCUUUGAGUCAGCAGGGAGGAAGAAGGAACACAAACAGUUGUGGAGUGAUUUCAGAUAUUACUUGAACAUCAAUGGAGAGAGAGUGUGGAUACUGACAUCAUGUUCUGAAAACCCAUAAGCAGUGUUUAUGACCCUCUCAGUCUAGAAGAAAGGAACUUUGAAGAUGAUUUUGCAUGAAAACAUUCACCAGGCACAGCAAGCCCAAACAAUCGUUCCUCAAUUCAAUAAUUCUCUCAUAUCAACUGAGGUCUUGAUCCUCAUAAACUGAACAGGAUGGAUCCAAAACCCUGGGCAAUUCUUUCUUUCCUUUUUCUGGGGCUUUUUCACCACAUUCAGGGCUCUCUGGUGAAGACCAAUUUUGGGCUCAGGGUGAAGAGGGGGCAGUCAGCGUUUCUACAGGAGGGGGACCUCCAGUUUCAUAUACCCAAAGCAAAGGAUGUCUGCAAGGUGGAAGUUGUGCUGAACGAGCCCAUUACACAACGGGUCGGCACGCUGUCCCCACAGGUUUUUGACUGUCACUUUUUUGCUGACGAAGUAAAAUACACUCAUAAUGGUUGUCCUAUCUUAGAAGAGGACACUGUUAAACUUCGUCUAUACAGAUUUUCAGAGACAGAAACCUACACUGAGGUGUUCUCUCUUCAUAUUGAAGUAAUGGAACCUGACUGUAAUGUGAUUAAGUUGGGACCACUGAGUCUUGAGGUGCCAGAGUUCUAUGGCCUCUCCAAUGUUAUGGAUGGUAAUGUGGUGUCCUUUCACUAUGAGCACCGACAUAAUAUUGAGUGCACAGUUUGGGUGACUACUCUGGAGACACAUCUACCUGGUCAUGGUCAGCUGGUCACUGGAGAGCCUGAGAAACCAGAAGGACCAAGAGGGGAUGAACCAGACAGCUUUGUUCCUCUGCGAAGACAACUGGACAAUAAAGCUAGAGCUCACUGUAAGAGUGAUAACUGUCUAAAGGGACUGAAACUGCUGAAAAUCAUCAAAGUGCCCUGCAGUGAUUUCCUCAUGAUGGGCAUUCGCUACCAUCAUAUUGACCCUCCAUCUCCAAACAUAGACUAUAUUGCCAUUAGACUGGACCUCACAGACACGAGAAGCAGGAGCAUCAUCCAGACAGAGCAGGCCUGGAUCCCUGUGACCAUUAAAGAUGCCAUGCCCAAUCAGCCACCCAAGCCUGCAUUUAUGUCCAUGUUCAUCUUGGAGGUGGACCAGUUCAUUUUGACUCCACUCACCACGGCAACACUGGAUGCAGAGGACACCGAAACACCCAACCAGAGGCUGGUGUUUAACAUCACCAAACCUCCUAGAGAGGGCUUCAUCACCCAUCUGUCUGAUCACACCAAACCAAUCUCCUCCUUCACCUGGGUGGAUCUCAAUGAUAUGCUGAUCAGCUACCAACCACCAAACUCCAGCCACACACAGCGCCGGAACUAUGAGGUAGAGUUUGAGGUGUAUGAUUUCUACUUUGUGAAGAGCCAGCCUAUGAUGGUACAUGUGUCAGUCAGGACAGCUGAUACCAAUGCACCAAGGGUAUCUUGGAACAUGGGUCUCAGCCUGUUGGAAGGUCAAUCGCGUCCAAUCACAUGGGAUCAGUUGCAGAUUGUUGACAACGACAACCUGAAAGCUGUGAAAAUAAUUACUGUAGAUGGCCUUCAGCAUGGGAGAAUGUCUGUCAGAGGAGGAAGAAGUUUCAUGUUCACUGUAAAUGACAUUAAGGAAGGUGUGGUGAGCUACCACCACGAUGACAGUGACACUACUAAAGAUUAUAUAGCGUUCCGGAUUACUGAUGGUUUGCAUCAGACUAGACACAAGUUUCCCAUCAACAUCCUGCCCAAAGAUGACAGUCCACCGUUCCUCAUCACUAAUAUGGUGCUGGAGCUGUAUGAAGGUCAGAUGGCUCUUUUGAGGGGAUCCAUUCUACAAGCCUGUGAUAUGGACUCCAAUGAUGACUACAUUAUGUUCAACAUCACCAGACCACCUCAGGCAGGAGAAAUCAUGAAGAUGCCAGGUCCUGGAAUUACAGGUUACCCUGUGACCCGUUUUCUUCAGAAAGACCUGUUCCAUUCCAUCAUUUAUUAUAGUCACUCCGGCAAUGAGGUGUUUGAUGACUCUUUUGAGGUGGUGCUGUCUGACUUUCAUGACCCUCCUAAUCUUUCAGACCCUCAGGUUAUUGUGAUACAAAUUCAGCCAGUCCCUGAUCAGCCUCCACAAGAGGCACCAGGUGUGACAAGAUCCUUGGUUGUUAAUGAGACCGAUGUAAUUUUCCUGACCAAGCAACAGCUGCACUUUGUUGAUUUGGAGUCACCAGAUAGUGAGCUCACAUACACCGUCACCACCCCACCCUUCUACAGCACCACCUAUGGAGGGUCAGAUGCUGGAAGGUUGUUCAUGGUUGAUAGUAUCCCAAAAUGGAAGAAGGACCCAAAUGCCCCAAUGCUGAGACUUUUCACCCAGCAUGCAAUCAACUACAUGAAAGUUGCUUACAUGCCACCCAUCCUGGACAUUGGGCCAUACUCCCAGCACAUCCAGUUUGUCCUGUCAGUGACCAACCAGCAAGGCAGCACAACCACUGGAAUCUGCUUCAACAUAACGGUUUUACCAGUGGACAACCUUGCACCAGAGGUGUAUGUGAAGCAGUUGACAGUGCAUGAGGGGGCAGAGGGCCGAGUGAGUGAAGACCACAUUCGUCUAACUGACCAGGACUCAUUAGAGGACUCUCUGUGUGUGCAGCUAAACACGGGACCCCAGCAUGGCAAUAUUUACCUUGAUGGCACCCCCAUGAGUCCGGGCCAGACUUUCACAGUGAGGGAUCUGAAAAGCCUAAAAGUUAGAUAUCACCAUGACAGCUCUGAGACAGAUCAAGAUAAUAUUAAAUUCAUAGCCACUGAUGGGAUAAAUAUUGCUGACUUUGUGCUACAUGUCAAGGUGACACUAGUCAACGAUGAGGUGCCAGUCCUUGUGCGUGGUCUGAACCCCAUUUUAUCCUGUGCAGAGGGACAAGAAGUGCUCAUCACCAUAGAUUACAUCUGUGCCACAGAUCCUGACAGUGAUGAUAGCACGUUGAUGUAUUUGAUUGCCCGGCAACCAUAUUAUGGGGUAGUUCAAAGAAAUGGCAUUGUGGUUGACCGUUUCAUUCAAGCGGAUGUAACUGCUGGCUUAAUUUCCUAUAGGCACACAGGACAAGAGAUUGGGCUACAGCCUUAUCAUGACAUCAUAACGUUUGUGAUCUCUGAUGGAGAAUCAGAGCCAGUUCCUUCCUGUUGCGAUGGCAAGGCCACUUUAUUUAGUGCACAAACACCUCAACUCCAGAACUCCCUGCCUGUCUAUGACCUUAAUAUCACUGUUUAUCCUGUCAACAACCAACCACCAUCUAUUGCUAUUGGAGAGGUGUUCAAGGUGGAUGAGGGUGGGUCGACCGCUAUCACAGUAACCCAUCUGAGAGUUGAAGAUCAGGACACUCCUCCAGAAGAUCUGGAGCUCAUCCUGGUUGCUCCUCCACAGUAUGGCUACAUAGAGAAUAUCCUGCCCAGUCCAGGCUUCGAAAAGAGCAAUAUGGGAAUCAGUAUUGCUUCUUUCAGGUACAGGGAUGUGUUGAACGGCCACAUUAACUAUGUCCAGUCAAGACACCAGAGGAUGGAGCCUACCACUGACCAGUUCAUGCUGUGUGUUUCUGAUGGAAAACAGCAGUCCACUUCAGUCCCAUUCUACAUUAUAAUCAGUCCAACCAAUGAUGAGAUACCAGAAUUCCUGGCCAGAAAUAUCACGAUUAAAGAAGGAGACAUGAGAGAGUUGGACCCAUCUGUCAUCAGUGCAGUGGAUCUGGAUAUUCCCAGAGACCGAUUAAUAUUCAGCAUAAUCCAGCAGCCCCAGCAUGGCUCUAUUAUGAGUGUGCCACACCGCAAUGACAUGAUGCAUCACAAAAGACUGAACAAGCAUAGAUCUGAGAUCCCUGUAGAACACUUCACCAUGGAUGACCUCAGGAAUGGCAUGGCUCUGAUGUACAUGCAUGAUGACUCUGAGAGUGAGCAGGAUGGUUUUAUCAUUCAGCUCUCUGAUGGAAAACACCAGCUCCAAAGACACAUGCAGGUUAAAGUGCUGCCAGUCAAUGAUGAGGAGCCACAUAUUAUAAGGAACACAGGGAUUGAGAUAGAGGCUGGGGAGUCCAGGUUUAUCUCCAGUGCUGUACUCAGUGCAGAAGACAAAGACACUCCAUCCUCUGAAAUCAUCUAUGUGUUUGAGAGUUUACCCAUUCAUGGAGUCAUUCAGAUUAAGAACCCACUAACAGACUGGGUGUCUAUAACUGCAGGAAUGAACUGCUCUCAGGAGGUUUUGGAUAUGAACCUGUUACGUUACCUUCACACUGGUCAGACUGGAGCACUCACUAGUGAUUUCUUUGUCUUCCAUCUGUUGGAUGGCAAGAACCACUCUCCAGCUCAGCACUUCUACAUUGCAGUUAAAGAACUGGAGAAAGGAGACAUAGCAUUGAUCGUGAGGCCUGUGAGAACUAGUCGCGGAGAGCGUGUGGUCCUCACUACAGGUGUCUUGCUGGCUGUAGACGGCACUGAUAAGCCAGAGGAACUGCUCUACAUUAUCACUGUACCUGCAGCACAUGGACACGUGGAGUACAUCAAAAACACCGGAGUGCAAAUUCAGUCUUUCAAUCAACUGGACAUAGCAGCAAACCUGGUGUGCUAUGUACAUGACAACAGAGCCACCUCAUCUAAAGAGACACUGCAGUUUGUGGUCAGCAAUGGCAAAUCAACUCGCAGUGGAACGCUGGAGAUCUUGGUGGAAAUUACUGAUAAAGUUCUGCCCACGUUAGUGCAAAAUGCUGGUCUACGGGUUCCCCAAGGGUCCACCAUAUCUAUAACUCCUGAUGCGUUGUUCCUAUCUGACCCUGACACCCCACCCACUGCCUUGAUCUAUAAGAUAGUCCACCCACCCCAGUAUGGCCAGUUGCUUUUGAAAGGACAACCUCAGUUCACUGGUAGUAAUUUUACCCAACAAAACAUUCAUGACCUGGAUGUGGCAUACAGACACUCUGGUGGAGCUUCUCAGAUUGAUCACUUCAGGUUCACAGCCUCUGAUAGCACAGAGAGUGGCUUCCUGGUUGAUGGAAAAGUGCAAACUGAGCCAGUCUUCUUCACACUACAAAUUGAAGCACUGGACAGCUCUGCUCCACAGAUAGUAGUGCUUGAAACUUUGUGGAAAGUGGAGCUUCUCAAAGAUGGUCGUUAUGGGAUCUUCAUUUCAUCAAGAGAGCUUAAGGCUCAGGAUUCUAACUCUGUAGAUGAAGAUCUUAUCUAUCACAUCCUCAAAGCACCUUACUUUGGGUACCUGGAAAAUUAUACCAAUGGUGAGUUUGUGAGGCAGCGUUUCUCUCAAAGGGAUCUUAACAAGAGGAAUAUUCUCUUCAUUAUAAACUCUGCUCUGGACGCUCUAACCGACAGUCUGGAGUUUGCUGUUUCUGAUGCACUUGGCAACACUGGACCCUCUAAAAAAUUGGAGUUCAGUUGGGCGAGUGUUGAGCUGGCAAACUCUGAGUAUGUUAUAUGUGAGAAUCAGGGAUCAGUCUCACUUACCAUCCAGAGGAGUGGAAAUGUACAGGACUCAUCUUAUGUCACUGUACAGGUGAAAGAACUAACAGCAUCCGCUGGAAAAGAUUUUAUAUCUACUCCCGUAUCUUUGAUUCAGUUCGACCCAGGUAUGGUCAGUCGAGUUUGGAGCGUGGAAAUAAUUCAGGACUCUUUGGAGGAGGCCGAUGAGAAAUUUGAGGUUAACUUGGUCUCUCCAGUAGGUGCAGUACUGAGAGGCAACACAAAAGCCACCUUCAUUAUAAAGGACAAAAAUGGGAAGUGUAAUGAGAACCAUUUGAAAGUGGGCACUAGUCUUCAAGGUCAAGAGGUGCAGCCAGGGCCAUACCGUCAACACGGCUCCAUCCAGGUGGAGACUUUACCAUAUUCUGAAGUAUACAUCCGAGGUGAUGGUGAUGUAAUAGCUGAGACUCCCUCUGCUGGAAAGAAAAGACUCAAAGUCAUUGGGAAUGGUAACGUGAUUCAACCCUCAGAAACAAUACAUCAUGGAUCUGAUGUCAUUUACAAAUAUCAUGGUCUCAUAUCGAUGGCAGUUGAGGAUGACAACACAGACUCAAGAACAGGCAGACAGGCCAAAGUACACGUGACCAGCAGGGGGCAGCAGGGCUCUCUCCUAGUCAGAGAGACAAAACGAGAAUCUUCCCUUCACACAAACACUCGCCAACAUAUUACACCUCAGAGGAUCGCUCUCAAACCGGCUUCUAAACCCUGUAAACCUGACCUUAUUGGAUUUCUCCAUUACAAUGACAGCUUAGGUCAGUUGUUUCGCUGUAAUGGUGACACCUGGAGGCCAUGGGCUCCAUCAAAUGAGACGGUGAAAGCACAGAAAUGUCCUCGAGGAUGGACGUACCACAACAACUUUUGUUACUUACUGAGCACAGACCGCAAAGCCACAUGGAGCACUGCAGCACAGGCAUGCAGAGAAAGCUUCAAUGGAAACCUGGUCAGUAUUUUGUCAAAAACAGAUAUGGACUGGCUGUGGGACUUCAGCGAAAGGAAACCUUUUUGGAUUGGACUGAAUGAAGGUGAAAGUAAAGGCCGCUGGGAGUGGGCGGGUGGGGAACCUGUCAGUUACACCAACUGGAGGAGGAGCCCUCCAAAAAACAGGCGGAAGGGAACAAGGAAGUGUGUCCUGGUCUGGAGGAAGACAAAAUGGCAAAUACGAGACUGUAAGAAAGGAAAGGGCCAUCGCUAUGUGUGUUAUGUUAAAACAUGAGUUGCAGAUGGGCUGAUGCUGAGCAAGGACAUUCGUAGCUUCACAGUGCCCCUCCCAAAGACUGCUCCCCUCAGUGCGUUACAUAACAUGGGUGGAUACACAUAUUAAUCAUGUGCACAUCAUUAAUUGAGAAACUGAAAAUGAAACGUGUGCUUUGUGAACUUUGUCAUAUCAUAGAAUUACUAGAGGCCUCAAUGUAAAGUGGUUGCCAUGGUUGUUAAGCAUAUCGGGAAUAUUUAUACAUAACAGUGCAGUGAAUAUCAUGCAUGCGGUAUUGUGUGUGUGUGAUGUAUAGAAAAAGCCACCAGCACAGAAUGCAUCAAGCAAUGCAACUGACUGUUACUAUAGCCAAGUGAUUAAAAGCUACACAUUUUAGAGUUAUCAAGAGGACUGUCAUAUAAUGUAAAUGUAAUAUAUGCUCAUCCAGUACUGUAUGUCAAGGUUAUUUUUACAUAUUUCAUUAUUGUAUAUGUUCUGUAUGCUCUGAGAUUUUCCAUGUUUUGGGACCAAAUAUCUGGACCAAAAUAACACUAUGUACAAGAAAGUAGUUUUAUAUUUUUACAAGCACCUAUGCAAUGUUUUAUUUUUAUUUUGUAACAAGCACAACUUCUGUAAGUUUUUUUUUUUUUAAUCUUAAUUCAUUACAUUGUCAAAAACAUUCUCUCAUAAUAAUUACACGUAACACAUAAGAAAAGGGCAAGAGGGAACAACGUUACAAUCGUAAGAAUGUUUUUAUUCCUCCAGAAAUCAUUGACUUGCUCUAGUAGAAAUAAUACAAUAAAUUCUAUAAAAAUAACUGGUGGUGUUUUGUUUGUUAAAAUAAUUCAAAUUCUAUAUUUAAAAAAAUAAAAAGUACAAUUAUAUUGA